GUGUGUGUGUGAGCUGAUGUGGACGUGAAUUCAGCAGAAUGGACCACUGUGAGGACAGAGAGGACGGAGUCCCUCCCUCUAAAACCUCUCUGUGUGGGGAACAUGAGAGUCGGAGCAAAGCUCAGAGGAAUCGACCUGGACCUGGACCUGGACCUGGACCUGGACCUGGACCUGGACCUGGACCUGGACCUGGACCCGGCCCUGGACGUAGACGUAGACGUAGACGUAGACCUAGACCUGAAUCUGGACCCAGCUGUGUGUCCUUGAAGAGCGACAAGUCAAUGGAAUAUGUUAUUACCUUCAAAGGAGAGCAACGUUCGGCUGUAAAGAGGGUCCAUCAGAAAGGAGACUCUCUUGAACAUGAACCCAGCUGUUUGUCCUUGAAGAGCGACCACUCAAAGGACGGGUUUAUCGACUUUAAAGGAGACCAACAGUCUUCUUCAGAGAGAGUGGACCAGCAGAUCUCAGAGUCCCCCAGCGGUCCGUCUGUCCAGCAGCAUCAGACACAGCUGGACUCCAUCUUUCAGCUGCUGGAGGACGACAUCGUCAUGUUUGUGAAGGACGAGCUGAAGAAGAUCCAGAAGGUUCUGAGUCCAGAUUACCCAGAAUCCUCAGAGAGUCUGGAGGAGGAUGAAGAUGAAGAGCAGAAGAGCAUCAGAGAGACAUUCAUGAAGAUCACAGUGAAGUUCUUGAGGAGGAGGAAGCAGGAGAAGCUGGCCGACCUCCUGCAGAGCAAUACCGGCGCUGCCGUUUGUCAAUCCAAACUCAAAGGUCAGCUGCAGAAGAAGCACCAGCAUGUGUUUGAGGGGAUCAUUAAAGCAGGAAACCCAACCCUUCUGGAGCAGAUCUACACAGAGCUCUACAUCACAGAGGGAGGGACCGGAGAGGUCAACGAAGAACAUGAAGUCAGACAGAUUGAAGCAGCUUCCAGGAAACCAGACGGAGCAGAAACAGCCAUCAGACAGGAAGACAUCUUUAAACCCCCACCUGGAAGAGGAGGACCAAUCAGAACAGUGAUGACGAAGGGAGUGGCCGGCAUCGGGAAAACAGUCCUAACACAGAAGUUCAGUCUGGACUGGGCUGAAGGCAGAACCAACCAGGACAUCCAGUUCCUGCUUCCAUUCACCUUCAGAGAGCUGAAUUUGCUGAGAGAGGAGAAGUUCAGCUUGGUGGAACUAGUUCAUCGAUUCUUCUCUGAAACCAAAGGAAUCUGCAGCUUUGAAGAGUUCCAGGUCGUGUUCAUUUUUGACGGUCUGGAUGAGAGUCGACUUCCUCUGGACUUCCACAACCCUACAGUCGUCAGUGACCCCAGAAGGUCCACCUCAGUGGACGUGCUGCUGACAAACCUCAUCAGGGGGAACCUGCUUCCUUCUGCUCGUCUCUGGAUCACCACACGACCCGCAGCAGCCAAUCAGAUCCCUGCUGAGUGUGUCUCCAUGGUGACAGAGGUCAGAGGGUUCACUGAUCCACAGAAGGAGGAAUACUUCAGGAAGAGGUUCAGAGAUGAGAAGCAGACCAGCAGGAUCAUCUCCCACAUCAAGACAUCACGGACCCUCCACAUCAUGUGCCACAUCCCAGUCUUCUGCUGGAUCACUGCUACGGUCCUGGAGAAAGUCCUGGAGAACAUCCUGGAAACCAGAGAGGGAGGGGAGCUGCCCAAGACCCUGACUGAGAUGUACAUCCACUUCCUGGUGGUCCAGGCCAAACUGAAGAAGGUCAAGUAUGAUGGAGGAGCUGAGACGGAUCCACACUGGAGUCCAGAGAGCAGGAAGAUGAUCAAGUCUCUGGGAAAACUGGCUUUUAAGCAGCUGCAGAAAGGAAACCUGAUCUUCUAUGAACCAGACCUGAGGGAGUGUGGCAUCGAUGUGAGAGAGGCUUCAGUGUACUCAGGAGUGUUCACCCAGAUCUUUAGAGAGGAGAGCAGCCUGUACCAGGACCGGGUCUUCUGCUUCAUCCAUCUGAGUGUCCAGGAGUUUCUGGCUGCUCUUCAUGUCCAUCAGACCUUCAUCAAAUCUGGAGUCAACCUGCUGGAAGAACAAAGAAACACAAAGACUGACCUCUAUCAGAGUGCUGUGGACAAGGCCUUACAGAGUCCCAACGGACACCUGGACUUGUUCCUGCGCUUCCUCCUGGGUCUUUCACUGGAGACCAAUCAGAACCUCCUACGAGGUCUGUUGGAACCAAAAAAAAGAAGUUCACGGAACAAUCAGGAAACAGUUAAAUACAUCAAGAAGAAGAUCAGUGAGGAUCUGUCUGCAGAGAGAAGCAUCAACCUGUUCCACUGUCUGAAUGAACUGAACGAUGGUUCUCUGGUGGAGGAGGUCCAACGGUCCCUGAGGUCUGGACGUCUCUCCAGAGGUUAUCUGUCUCCUGCUCAGUGGUCGGCUCUGGCCUUCAUCUUACUCUCAUCAGAAGAUCUGGAGGUGUUUGACCUGAAGAAGUUCUCAGCUUCAGAGGAGGUUCUACGGAGGCUGCUGCCGGUGGUCAAAGCCUCCAAGAAAGUUGUGUUGAGUGACUGUAACCUCUCAGAGGACAUCUGUCCACUUCUGUCCUCAGUUCUCAGCUCUCAGUCCUCCAGUCUGACAGAACUGGACCUGAGCAACAACCACCUGCAGGAUUCGGGACUGGAGCAUCUGUGUCCUGGACUGGAGAGUCCACACUGUCACCUGGAGUCUCUCAGGUUGAGUGGCUGUUUCCUCUCAGGGAACAUCUGUCCAGAUCUGUCCUCAGUUCUCAGCUCUCAGUCCUCCAGUCUGACAGAACUGGACCUGAGCAACAACCACCUGCAGGAUUCAGGACUGAAGAAGCUGUGUCCUGGACUGGAGAGUCCACACUGUCACCUGGAGUCUCUCAGGUUGAGUGGCUGUUUCCUCUCAGGGAACAUCUGUCCAGAUCUGUCCUCAGUUCUCAGCUCUCAGUCCUCCAGUCUGACAGAACUGGACCUGAGCAACAACCACCUGCAGGAUUCAGGACUGAAGAAGCUGUGUCCUGGACUGGAGAGUCCACACUGUCACCUGGAGUCUCUCAGGCUGUCAGGCUGUCUGAUCUCAGAGGAAGGAAGUUCUUCUCUGGUCUCAGCUCUGACCUCCAACCCCUCCCACCUGAGAGAGCUGGACCUGAGCUACAACCAUCCAGGUGAGACAGCAGGGAAGCUUCUGUCUAGACUGGAGGAUCCCCGCUGGAGACUGGACACUCUCAGGGUGGAGCCGACUGGACAACGAUGGAUGACACCAGGUCUGAGGAAGUAUUCCUGUCAACUCACCAUCGACACAAACACAGUCCACAACUACAUCAAACUGUCUGACAACAACAGGAAGAUGACACGUGUGGAGGAGGAUCAGUCAUAUCCUGAUCAUCCAGACAGGUUUGAUGUCUGCCGUCAGCUGCUGUGUAGAGAAGUUCUGACGGGUCGCUGUUACUGGGAGGUCCAGAGGAGAGGAGGAGUUUCUGUAUCAGUGAGUUACAGAAGAAUCAGCAGGAAAGGAAGCUCUAAAGAUUGUGGGUUUGGAUGGAACGAUCAAUCCUGGAGUCUGGACUGUUCUGAUGAUGGUCAGUACUAUGUCUGUCACAAUAACAGAGUAACAUCUUCCUCCUCCUCUUCCUCAGUCUAUGACAGAGUAGCAGUGUAUGUGGACGUUCCUGCUGGAACUCUGUCCUUCUACAGCGUCUCCUCUGACAGACUGAUCCUCCUCCACACCUUCAACACCACAUUCAUUGAACCUCUUUAUCCUGGGUUCGGGUUCUAUCGUGGUUCUUCAGUGUCUCUGUGUUGAGUUUAGUCUCAAGAGUCUCCUCCUGUCAGAGAAACUGUCUCUGUUGGACAGAUAGUUGAAUCUGUACAUGUCUGUCUCUGUUUCCAUCAGAACACCUGAAUCACACGUUGGUGAAACUGUUCUGAAUGAUUCCUUGGAAACUUCUUCUUCCCCCGGUCCUUUAAAGGUGGAAGCUGCCAUCAUUCCAGGAUCCACAUGUUGUUCUUCUGUCUGUUUCCAGUCAGAGCUUCACAGUGAACAGCAGCAUGUUGUUUCUCUGCAGCUCAGUUCAGCUGAGAUCAUUCAGUUCAUGUUAGCUGCAGGUAGUUUGCUGCACAUGUGACCAACUGUGAUGUCAGAGAGGAAUCACUGAGCUGCAAUCAGCCCAGAUGAAGUUACAACCUGCUGACAUAUCUGAGCACAAGGUUGCUGUGCAGCCAGGGUUCAUCCUGGUCUUUAUUCACACCCACUUCCUGUUCCAGCCAUGAUGUCAUAACUGGACUGUCAGGUCUCUGUCAUGGUAAAGGGUUUGUUUAUAUACGAGUUUAUUAUGUGAAUAAGAUGAUCCAUCCAUCAUCUAGAACUGUUUCUUCAUGUUCAGGGUCCCGGGGGUCGGCCUGGUUGAUUUUUACACUGUACUAUAAAGAUUUUUUUGUACAUUUGUCGUAGGAGGAGAAAUCAACAACAAUAACAUGCUUAUAUGGUUCCUAGACUGUAAGAAGAAGAACUGGACAAACCUCCAUGAUGUCACUCGUAGGUUUUCUGAAGAGAGGUUUUAAAGCCUCGUCUUCCUCGUACUGCGCUGCUCCAUGUUGUAAACAGGAGGAACAAAUUGGUCUGGAAGCUGCAACACCAACUAAAUCAGGAUCACCGACCUUUGUGAACUAAGACCUAAUUCAAGGAUCCUGAACAACAAGAAAGGCUACUUGCUGGAUUUAACUUUUUGAAUAAAGUUCUCCUUU